AUGGCGACGGUCACAUCUUCCAUGUUCAUGUACAGCUUGACGGUCCAGCCACCAACUGCGAUCACUCAAGCUAUACUCGGACAGUUCGCAGGAACAAAGGAACAACAGAUUGUCACAGCAUCAGGAUCGCGUCUGACCCUCCAUCGACCAGAUCCAUCCCAAGGCAAAAUCAUCACCGCCCUCUCCCACGAUGUUUUCGGAAUUAUCAGAGCCAUUGCAGCGUUUAGGUUGGCUGGAAGUAACAAGGAUUAUAUUAUCAUCACAUCCGAUUCUGGCCGCAUAACGAUCGUAGAAUUUGUACCCGCGCAGAACAAGUUCAACCGCCUGCAUCUAGAGACAUUCGGAAAGUCUGGGAUCCGAAGAGUUAUACCAGGACAGUACUUGGCUGUUGACCCGAAAGGAAGAGCUUGCUUAACUGCUUCUGUGGAGAAGAACAAGCUUGUCUAUGUCCUCAACCGAAAUGCGCAGGCAGAGCUCACCAUCUCCUCCCCUCUCGAAGCACAUAAGCCGCAAACUUUGACUUUCGCACUGGUCGCUUUGGAUGUUGGAUAUGCAAAUCCUGUUUUUGCAGCGCUCGAGGUAGACUAUAGCGAGUCAGACCAAGAUCCUACCGGUCAAGCCUAUGAGGACAUCGAAAAGACUUUGGUUUACUAUGAACUGGAUCUUGGUCUGAAUCAUGUCGUGCGAAAGUGGGCAGACCCGGUCGAUCGCUCUGCAACAAUACUUUUCCAGGUUCCUGGAGGAACAGAUGGCCCAAGUGGGGUUCUGGUUUGUGGAGAAGACAAUAUCACAUACCGCCACUCGAAUCAAGAGGCUUUCCGAGUCGCAAUUCCUCGACGUCGAGGUGCCACCGAGGAUCCCGACAGGAAACGAACCAUUGUCGGCGGAGUUAUGCACAAGCUGAAGGGUGCAGCCGGUGCCUUUUUCUUUCUCUUGCAAACAGAGGAUGGCGAUUUAUUCAAGACCACUAUUGAAAUGGUUGAAGACGACAAUGGCCAGCCUACAGGCGAGGUCAAGCGUCUCAAAAUCAAGUAUUUUGACACCGUACCUAUCGCCACCAGCCUUUGUAUCUUGAAAAGCGGAUUCUUGUUCGUUGCCAGCGAAUUCGGCAAUCAUCAGUUUUAUCAAUUCGAAAAGCUAGGCGACGAUGACGACGAGAUCGAGUUCAUCAGUGACGAUUUUCCAACCGACCCAACCGAAAACUACACACCCGUGUAUUUUCAUCCGAGACCGGCAGAGAAUUUGAGUUUGGUUGAGAGUAUCGACUCAAUGAACCCUUUGAUGGACUGCAAAGUAGCGAAUCUGACUGAGGACGAUGCUCCCCAAAUUUACUCGAUAUGCGGAACUGGUGCUCGAAGCACUUUUAGAACACUCAAGCAUGGUCUCGAAGUCAGCGAGAUUGUAGAGUCUGAGCUUCCUGGUGUUCCAUCCGCUGUCUGGACCACAAAGCUCACUCGCAAUGACACAUUUGACGCUUAUAUUGUCCUAUCCUUCUCAAAUGGAACAUUGGUGCUCAGCAUUGGCGAAACCGUUGAAGAAGUCACCGAUACUGGAUUCUUAUCUAGUGCACCUACACUUGCGGUACAACAACUUGGUGAAGACGGUUUGGUCCAGGUUCAUCCCAAGGGUAUCAGACAUAUCAGGGCUGAUCGCCGGGUUAAUGAGUGGGUAGCUCCACAACAUCGAUCUAUUGUUGCUGCUACGACAAAUGAACGACAAGUCGCUGUUGCUCUCAGCUCUGGUGAAAUUGUGUAUUUCGAAAUGGACACCGAUGGAUCCUUAGCUGAAUAUGACGAGAAGAAAGAGAUGAGUGGCACUGUAACCUGUCUAAGUUUAGGAGAGGUGCCUGAAGGUCGUGUGCGAAGUCAGUUCUUGGCUGUCGGAUGCGAUGACUCUACUGUUCGCAUAUUGAGUCUUGACCCAGAUUCGUGCUUAGAGAACAAAUCUGUCCAGGCUCUAACGUCUGCACCCUCAGCUCUGUCGAUCAUGGCGAUGGCGGAUUCAUCCUCUGGAGGCUCGACGCUUUAUCUUCACAUUGGCCUUUACUCUGGUGUUUAUCUGAGGACCGUUCUCGACGAAGUCACAGGAGAACUUUCUGACACACGCACACGCUUUCUUGGACCCAAACCCGCAAAACUCUUCCGUGUCUCUGUCCAAGGUCAAACUUCAGUGUUAGCACUUAGCUCAAGACCUUGGCUUGGCUAUUCAGACCCUGUCACCAAAGGCUUUAUGCUCACCCCUCUCAAUUAUCCUGGUCUUGAAUGGGGAUGGAACUUCAGCAGCGAACAAUGCACGGAAGGAAUGGUGGGAAUCCAAGGACAAAAUCUGAGGAUUUUCUCAAUUGAGAAGUUGACCGACAACUUACUUCAAGAGUCGAUACCACUCACCUACACACCUCGUCGCUUUGUUCGACAUCCCGAGUUUCCCCUGUUCUACACAAUUGAAUCUGACAAUAACAUUCUAUCCCCCGCAACCAAGACCAAAUUGUUGGAAGAUCCUUCAGUCGUCAAUGGAGACGCGGCCAUUUUACCUGCAGAGGAGUUUGGUUAUCCACGAGGUCGAGGACAUUGGGCAUCUUGCAUCUCGAUUAUAGACCCUGUUACCGAGAAGGCUGUCCUUCAAAAAAUCGAUUUAGACGAUAAUGAAGCUGCGGUCAGUAUGGCAGCAGUUUCAUUCGCCAGCCAAGACGACGAAGUUUUCCUGAUCGUUGGUACUGGCAAAGAUAUGAUUGUCAGCCCGAGAUCAUCUACCGCAGGAUUCAUUCAUGUUUACCGAUUCCACGAAAGUGGCAAAGAGAUCGAGUUUAUCCACAAGACCAAAGUUGAAGAACCACCAAUGGCUCUUCUCAGUUUCCAAGGUCGAUUACUAGCUGGCGUUGGCAAAGACUUGCGAAUCUAUGAUCUCGGAAUGCGACAGUUGCUUCGGAAGGCCCAAGCAGAAGUUGUACCAAAUCUGAUCGUUGGUCUCCAAACUCAGGGAAGCCGUAUCAUAGUCAGCGAUGUGCAAGAAAGCAUCACCAUGGUUGUCUACAAAUUCCAGGAGAAUAAGCUCAUUCCGUUCGUCGACGACACUAUCGCUCGAUGGACAAGUUGUACUACGAUGGUAGACUACGAGACAGUUGCAGGUGGUGACAAAUUCGGCAACUUAUGGAUUCUUAGAUGCCCUCCAAAGGCUAGCGAGGAGGCCGACGAGGAAGGCUCUGGUCAACAUCUGGUUCAUGAACGUUCAUAUCUACAAGGUGCACCACAUCGGUUGAAUUUGAUGGCUCAUUUCUUCCCUCAAGACAUCCCUAUGAGUAUCCAAAAGACAAAUCUGGUUGCUGGCGGCAGAGAUUGCUUGCUAUGGGCAGGUCUGCAAGGCACUCUUGGCAUACUAAUACCAUUCGUCAGUCGUGAGGAUGUGGAUUUCUUCCAGACAUUGGAGCAACAUCUCAGAUCCGAGGAUGCGCCUCUAGCUGGUAGAGAUCACUUGAUCUAUCGAAGCUAUUAUGUUCCGGUGAAGGGAAUCAUUGAUGGGGAUUUGUGCGAAAGAUAUACCCUCUUGCCCUCAGACAAGAAACAAAUGAUUGCUGGCGAGUUAGACCGCUCCGUCAGAGAGAUUGAGCGGAAGAUUUCUGUACGUUUUGAACCCUCAUUGAUACCAAUAAAGAUUUUGCUAACAACCAGUAGGAUAUUCGGACACGUUCGGCAUACUAGUUUGGCGUUGGCGGCUUUGUGGUUUGGAGUAUGUGUAUGUGUAUAAUAAAAGGUGCGUAUUUGCACCAACACGACGGACAUGAUCAGUCCUCGGACUAUGAUACAGAAAAAUGAAAGUCAUGAAACCAUUUUUGUCUCUCAAACAACAUCAAUCAUCAUGAUCUCUGA